UGUUGACUGUCACUGUCAUGUUUAUUCUCAUCAUCGAAUCCUUUAAAGCAUAGAAAAUUAAAAACUGCUUGAUCUAUACAUUCUUAGUAAAUAUAAUCAGACAUACAGUUAUAUCAUAAUUUUAAAUGUAAAAUUGUAAUUUAAACAAAGGUAGAUCUUGAUCUACACGUCACUGUGUAACAUUUUAUUUAGUCAUGGCCUCAGUUGGAGGAGCAGCAGGAGGGGGCCGUAACUUUAACUUUAAAGUUGUAUUACUUGGAGAGGGUUGUGUUGGAAAAACAUCCUUAGUAUUAAGAUAUUGUGAAAACAAAUUUAACGAUAAACAUAUAACGACAUUGCAGGCUUCAUUUUUAAAUAAGAAACUCAACAUUGGUGGAAAACGAGUAAAUCUUGCAAUUUGGGACACAGCAGGUCAGGAAAGGUUUCAUGCCUUGGGACCUAUUUACUACAGAGAUAGCAAUGGGGCUAUAUUAGUGUAUGACAUUACAGACGAAGACUCUUUUCAAAAGGUGAAAAAUUGGGUUAAAGAACUUCGACGAAUGCUUGGACAAGAGGUCUGUUUAUGUAUAGCUGGAAACAAAACAGAUUUAGAAAAAAGUCGCAAUGUUACAGUCGAAGAAGCAGAGUCAUAUGCAGCUUCUGUGGGUGCAAAACAUUUUCACACCUCUGCGAAAAUGGGACGAGGCAUUGAAGAGAUGUUUUUAGACUUGAGUAAAAACAUGAUAGAAAAGUCAGAAGAAAAUGUUGCGAAAGGAAGGCCGGGCAGUACUAGAAAGAAUCAAGUUUUAGUUGUAGACGAUUCAACAGAACAGCCACCACCAAAAUCUGGAUGUUGUGGCUAACACACACUUUCUUGCCUUAAAUAUUCCAACUGAUGCUAUGUAAUACUAGAGCUAAAGAGGUUAUGUGAUAUGGUUCUCUUGUAAUUUUCAUGUGUGUAAACUUUGAGUGAGCAACAUUAAUAAUUGUUCAUCCUCUUUAAAUAUUAGGAUGUAAUAAGCUAUUGUUGUUUACUUUACUUUUUGAUUUGGUAUUUUUAAAAUCUAGAAUGAGAAAAACUAGCAUGUCAGCUACUGACAUUCCUGUUGUUUGGUUGGUUUUUUUUUUUUACCAAUAGUCGCUUUAUAAAGCUUUUAGAUUUAGGUAUAUAAGGUGUCAAUACAUUAUGUAAGGAUUUUGCAGAUCCUGUGUAAUAUUAAAUUCGGCCAGAAUUUUUUUAAAAAUCAUUUAUCUAUUUAGUUACAUCUGUUUGAAAAAUGCUUUGAAUUGUCAGAAGGCCAUGCUCAGUAUUUAACCCAAACUACUAAACUUAAUCUACCAAAACAGAUGAUACAACACCAAUUUAUUAAGCAUUUAAUUUUUCAAGCUGUAUGAUGAUAUUGUGUUGAUGGUGAUGUGAAUUAUAAGUGUGUUGUAAGCUUUUUUUUAUGUGAGUGAUUGUCGCUGGUUUUUAUAUACUUUUACUAUUAGACUCAGUGUUGUUAUAUUUUGCAGCUAAGAAAAGCCUUUUUAAAUUCUGUAUUCUAGAAAGCUUAACUUCGUCUUACAUUGUUAGAUAUUUUCAUUAUGAAUCUAAAUUAUAAUUCAAGUACACAUUUGUUUGUCGUAUUAUUUUAUGAAUCACCAAUGUAAAAAGCAGAUACGGUAAAAGGUUGCCAAUAAAAUGUUCCUAUAAUUGGCUCUUUUGGUCAUUGUGUUUACAUUUGUAAAAGUUAUUUGCUAUUUAGAAGAUGGAACAAAGCUUCUAAACAUAAGAUAUUAUAAAAAUCUAGUUGUUUCCAAUGUCACUGUAAAACAGAAAUAUAAUUAGGAUACUUUACUACUCAGUAUAUGAUGUAAGUUAUUUAGCAUAUUCUCUUUUUAACCAGUUAUGAAAAAACUGACCUACUGUAUAAUUUACUCUUUGAAUACAUCAAGUAUGAUUGAAGUCCAUUAAGUAUGUUAUAAUGAUUCUUAAAUACAAACUCAGCCUAAGUAUAAUAAUUGUAUAAAAUAUUUGUUUUGUUCAUAAUAUGUGGUACAUCUACAAACAUAUUAUGACAUGUUUUUUGUAGUAAAAGUGUAAAAUAAACAGGCGUCUGUUUCAGUAAGAUUGUAUCUCUUUUAAUGGUUAUCCUUAAUGUUGUAUGUACAGCUAUCUUACCACUUGUGUCAGUGUAUGUUCAUAAUAUAUAUUUUUGCAAUGAUUAUGAAUUCAUCUGAACCUGUUCUGUUUGUAAUGAUGCUGUUUACACAUCUCAAGUUCUACAUGUUUUUUCACACAUUACAUUUACAGUACACCACUCAUAAGCAAAACAUUCAGUGAAAACCCAACUCUCCCAAAAUAUCUAGUAACUACUUUUUUUUAUGAGAUUCAUCUUGUCUUUCAACAAAAUAAACAACCACUCCAUUUUCAUUUUUUUUUUCUUUUCAUCUUUUAAUUUUGUGUUUUUUAAAGUUUUGUUUAAAUGUAUUUGCAAUAUAGACAGAUGAAAAAUAAUUCCCUCCUGUUUUAAAUGUUUUUUAUUAGUGAAUUGUGAUUAUUUAUUAGAAUAAAUUUUUCCUACAUUUAAUUAAAUAUGUAAUGCGCAUGCUAUACAGAACUUUUUUUGUGCUGACCUGCUAGUUGGUAAAAAGAUGUCAAAUUUUAACGAACAAGAAGAACCCCAAUUAGUUAUUGGCUAUCCAUCUAGAUGUGUUACUGGCCAUAAGUGUAAAGGUAUUUGAAAUAUUUACCAACUUAAAUGUACACAUAGGCCUACAUGUGUUUGAAUUGAUGACAGAUGUUAUUCAUAGACCAAAACGCCUUAUUCAUUUUUCUUUAAAAAUCACAUUUGACUUCGAGGAAUACUGUUGUGUACAUGAUACAGAAGUUGUUCAUCUUAUUUAUAAAUUAUUUCAUCUCGAAUAAAAUUAUAAGAAUU